AUGAAAUACGUAUAUGGCAAUGUUUACAACAACAAGUCCGUCAGUCUAGCUUGCGAGGUUUAUAAAUUUGCUCACUUCUACCAAAUUGAAGGAUUAGUCGAUGCUGCCUUUGAUAAAUUGAAAAAUCCCACGCCAAAGGAUGUCAUUCCUGUUUUCGAGUUGAGCAAGCUUCUGAUUAAGGGUGACGCGCUGAAACAUCUCGAGAUUAUCAGGGAAAACACUUCUGAGGUGCUGAAAUCGCCUCAGUUCAUCAAGGCGUCAAAAGAAACACUGGUAGAAAUCUGUUCCUUAAAUCGAUUGAAAAUAAAAUCGGAAAUGGAGCUCGUCGAAGCAUUGAUUAAUUGGGCUGAGCUGAAUGCUGGCAAGACGGAUAGAGACGAACUAUCCCAGAGAGAAAUAAUUGAUGCUGCUCUUAAACAAGUUCGCUUUUUUACUUUGAAAGGCGACGAGUUCGCCGAGCUCUGCUGCAGCACCAACAUCCUUAGCGAGAAAGAAAAGCUUCAAAUAUUGAUGAGCAUCAACUUGUGCAACGCUAAGCACAUGCCUUACGGCUUUACAGUCAGUUCGCAGUUUCGCGACGUGAAAGGCCACAUGUUGCUCGAUUUCAUGGACAAUAUUCCCUACAGUAGUGACACCAAAGUAAGUUCCGAAUCUCCUCAGCAAAAUUUCAGGUUUUUAGUUCGAGGCAGCGACCUGAAAUAUUUGACGAGCAUUCGCCUUUUCUGCCUCCUCGAAACAAACGUGGGACUGGAAGCGGACUUGGCCUGCAAUUUGUGGAGCACUUGUCCUGAGGAGCCGUUGGCCACUGCCAAGUUCAGGGGUGUCGUCAGCUCAGCGUCGAAAGAGCCGGAUUUGCAUUUCCCACGUCCGGUCCUCCUCAAAUCCGGAGUGCCGUACACAUUGACCAUUUCCUACUACCACAAGACACCUCUGCGUUCUAAGAUUUUUAAGAAUGCAAUCAGCCAGGUAGUCUGGGAGUUUCCUCAUUCUGACUUCAAAAUGUACAAGAGCGGCAACGUUUUUUCACACCACGACAUAGUCAAUUUACACUUCAUCACAAGGUAAACUGGAGAGGUGGAUUUUUUUCAAAUUCUGACAGAUUUUAUCGCAUUUCGGUAACUUUUAAAUUCUUAGACAUGAACCAAACAAUUGAUUUGUCUUGUACAGUCAUUUGACAAAUUUGUUGCCCUGCACGGUCGAUCGUAUAAAUAAAAUUUCA